AUGAAUAAUUCUUAUUCCGCACGAAAAAAAUGGCAAAUUUUAUUCAAUAUUCUCAUACUUCAAUUAUUAGGAAUUUUUUUUUUUGCAAAAGGGUUUUUCCCAUACAAAGCCAAUUUAUCUGGCCUGUCAACAAUAAAUGACUUACCUCCAUUACCUACUGGAGAAAAAAUAUUACCACCAAAGCCAAAAUUUGAUCGAUUGGUUUUUAUGCUAAUUGAUGCACUAAGAAGCGAUUUCGUGUUUGGAAAUAAUUCUGGAUUGAAAUUCGUUCAAAGCCUUAUUUCAGAGCGACUCGCCAUUCCUUACACAGCGAUAGCGACUGCUCCAACGGUGACUUUACCUCGAAUUAAAGCUUUAACGACCGGAACUGUACCAAAUUUCUUGGACGCAAUUCUUAACAUUGCAGAAUCUGAUACUUCAUCUUCAUUAUCAUAUCAAGAUAAUUGGUUAGUACAAUUGAAGAAUGUUGGUAAUAAGUCCAUAUCAUUUUUUGGUGAUGAUACUUGGAUAAAACUUUUUCCUGGAUUAUUCCAUGAAACGGAUGGGACUACUUCUUUCUUCGCUGCGGACACUGUUGAAGUUGAUCUUAAUGUAACUCGAAAUGUGGUUCCACAAUUGUCAAAGUCUGAAUGGGAUGUUCUGAUAUUUCAUUACCUUGGAUUGGAUCAUGUUGGACAUUCAAGUGGACCUCGUAGUCCUUUGAUGUUACCAAAGCAAUAUGAGAUGGAUGAAGUUGUGAAGGUGAUUUAUGAGACCAUAUUGGAGCAGGACAAGAAAAGGAUUGAGGAUGAUCCUAAUGCGAAGUCCACCCUUUUUGUGUUAUGUGGAGACCAUGGAAUGAAUGAGGCAGGAAAUCACGGUGGUUCAUCUCAUGGUGAAAUAUCAACCGCAUUUGUUUUCAUGAGUUCCGAAUUCAUCUCCAUGAAGCAUGUUCCUGAAACAUUUAGUAUACCACACGAUGAGCAUUCCAUGAAUUUUUACAAAGUAAUAAACCAGGUGGAUUUCGUCUCUACUAUCAGUUAUCUGUUUGGAAUUCCUAUUCCAAAGAAUAAUUUGGGAAUGUUGUUGUUAGACUUGAUAGGCGAUGUUGAUGCUUUGGAGAAAUUGCGUGCGUUGCAGUUAAAUGCACAUCAAAUAUCUGGUAUAUUAAAGUCAUUAUGGUCAUCAUUUGAUCGUAACCCUAACGUUGCCCAAAGUGAAUUGGAUUGUGAUAUUAAUUCUGAUGAUGAUCAGAUACAAUUGCAAUGCUUGUAUUCGAUGGCCUAUUAUAAUCACGCAAAAUCUCUGGAAGUCAAUGACAUCAGCUAUAUUAAUGAUGCGUUGUCAUUUUAUAACAAGUUUAUUGCAAAGUCUGGUUCCCGCCUUGCAUCAAGUUUUAGUGAUUAUGAUCUUGUAUCAAUGUUCGUGGGAUUAUGCUUUAUGGUCCUUGCUGUGACGAAUUAUUUUGUUACAAUGUUAGAUUCGUAUGUUCAAUGGAACAAACAAUUUAACAAUCAAAGUAAAAGUUUACAAAGUCAUUUAGAAUUCCUUAGUGUACUUGGAACAGUUGCAUUUUGUUUCACUUUGUUUGCGAGUAGUUAUAUUGAAGAAGAACAUCAAUUUUGGUAUUAUUGGACACAGACUAUGCUGAUCUCAUUUAUCAUUUUAAGGCAAGUCUCAGAAAAAUGUUAA